AGACGAACUUAAAUCAUACCCAACAAUACCAACUCAUCAACAUAUAUACAAAAUACAUAUACAAAACAAUGAACUCCAAGGCUGUUGUGUUUGCGUGUCUGUUGUUGUUAGUCUCAGCUGUCGUUGCUAUUGCUGCUGAAGGAAAUCAAGAGCAACGUCAGAAUGCUAAAGACACAGGUGCAAAUGAUAAAACUGGAGUAGAAGAGUCAAAGCUACACUGCUACCAUGGAUGUUGCAGAUAUUAUGGGCAUGAAUGCGCAAAAUGCUGCAGAAAUCUUGCAGAAGCACAGGCUGCUGCCGCGGGUGCUAAUAAUGCUGCGACAGAAGAGAGUGAAAUGGAAGUAAGGCCACAGGGAUGGGGAGGUCACGGUGGAUGGGGAGGUCACGGCGGUUGGGGCGGACACAGAGGUGGAUGGGGCGGACAUAGAGGUGGGGGUGGAGGUGGAGGUGGAUGGGGUAGAGGUGGAGGUGGGAAGUGAGUGGGAGAAGGAAAACUUGUGAUGUGUGUGUUAAGUAAUGUUAUAGAGAAUAAGGGUAGAAGGGAAGGAAAAUAAUGAAUAAUGAAUUAAUGGAGUUAGAAUAGAAGGGUUAGAUCCCUUCACCAAUAUUUCACUAUAUCGCACCACUACUUUUAUCAUUGUCGACCACUCUUUGUAUGUGAAAUAUAAAAACGUAUGUCUUUAGUUUACGUUA